CCGCUCCCGCUCGCGAUGCCGCUCCCGCUCCCGCUGUUGGCCGGAGGCCGCCUGUCGCGGCGGCUGCUCGGGGGCCUGUGUGUGGUCGGUCUGGUGUCGGCGGCCGCGGCCUCGGGGACCGAGGAGGAGCCCUACAUGGACUGUAACAGCAGCAAAAAAGCCUUCCCCGUCGUGACCUUCAAUUACCAUCACGUCAGCGACGCUUUCGAGGUGUCUCUGUGGAUCCUUUUGGCCUCCGUCAUGAAGCUCGGUUUUCAUCUAAUCCCAAAACUGUCCUCAGUUGUUCCCGAAAGCUGUCUGCUGGUGUCCUUGGGUCUGGUGUUGGGCGGACUGAGCGAAGCUGUGGGGAAGGUUCCACCCGGCCUGAAAUCUGAGGUGUUCUUCAUGUAUCUCCUCCCACCCAUCAUUUUAGACGCUGGCUACUUCCUACCCAUUGGACCUUUCGUAGAAAAUCUGGGAACCAUCCUGAGCUUCGCUGUGAUCGGGACGAUAUGGAAUGCAUUCUUCAUCGGCACGCUGCUGUACGUGGUGUGUCAGUUCAGCGGAGGAGUGCUGCAGGACGUGGGGCUGCUCCAAAACCUGCUGUUUGGCAGCAUCAUCUCUGCCGUGGAUCCGGUUGCUGUGCUGGCCGUAUUCGAGGAGAUCCACAUCAACGAAUUGCUCCACAUCCUGGUAUUCGGGGAGUCACUGCUGAACGACGCCGUGACUGUGGUUCUCUAUUACCUGUUUGACGAGAUGGCCACCGCUGGCUUUGUCAGCUUUACAGACGUGCUCCUGGGAAUUAUAUCCUUUUUCGUGGUGUCUUUUGGCGGCAUUCUCAUUGGGGCUCUCUACGGUUUCUUGGCUGCUUUUACCUCCCGCUUCACAGCUCACAUUCGAGUUAUCGAGCCCCUCUUUGUUUUCCUGUACAGUUACCUCGCUUAUCUCUCCUCUGAGAUCUUCCGCGUCUCAGGAAUUAUGGCCCUUAUUUCAUGUGGUGUAGUCAUGCGACCCUACGUGGAGGCAAAUAUCUCCCAUAAGUCUCACACAACCAUCAAAUACUUUCUGAAAAUGUGGAGCAGUGUGAGCGAGACCCUCAUCUUCAUCUUCCUCGGAGUGUCCACGGUGGUUGGGCCCCACGAUUGGAACUGGACGUUUGUUUCCUGCACGCUCCUCUUCUGUCUCAUUGCUCGAGUACUCGGUGUCCUGGGGCUCACUCUGAUCAUCAACUACUUCCGCAUCGUGAAACUGACACCAAAAGACCAGUUUAUAAUCUCGUACGGAGGCCUGCGAGGUGCCAUUGCCUUUUCCCUCGGGUACCUGCUCAAUCCUAAUUGCUUCCGUCGCAACUUGUUUGUCACUGCCAUCAUAACCGUCAUCUUUUUCACAGUGUUUGUUCAGGGGAUGACCAUCCGGCCUUUGGUGGACCUGCUCGCUGUGAAAAAGAAACGGGAAACAAAACGUUCCAUUAAUGAACAAAUCCACAGCCAGUUCCUUGACCAUCUCCUGACUGGAAUAGAAGAUGUGUGUGGCCACUCUGGACAGCAUCACUGGAAAGAAAAGCUGUCUCGCUUCAAUAAAAGGUACAUUAGGAAAUUACUGGUCACAAAUGAAAGAUCGAAACAGCCUCACCUGAUUGCGUUCUACCAUAAGCUGGAAUUGAAAAACGCUAUUGAUCUGGUUGUGAGCGGAGGACUGCCCAAGUCACCCUCAUCUGUGUCUCUUCAGAACAUCCAUGGACCCCAAAGUGAACGUCUGAUUCCAGCACUUUCCCAGGAGAAAGAGGAGGAAAUCCGCAAGGUUCUUCGGGAAAAUCUCCAGAAAACAAGACAAAGGCUGCAGUCCUAUAACAGGCACACGUUAAUGGCUGAUCCAAUGGAAGAUCAGUGGAACCAAAUUCUUCUGAGACGGCAGAAGGUCUGGGCCAUGGAGAAAAAGAAGGCAAAGUACUUGACAGUUCCAACAGCAAAAGAAGGAUCGCCCGUAGUAUCCAGAACUCGUCUCUAUUCAGAUCCUGUACAGAUCGAUACUUUGGAGAACAUGCCAAAAAUUACCUUCGACUUGGCAUCUUUAACUGACAGGGAGGGCUCUGAAUUCAGCCAGAAGAGAAAUGAUUCCCUGGACACGGAAAUGACCAAGCAAUGUAUUGCUCGCUGCCUGAGUGACCCUGGGCCCAGCAAUGAAUCUGAGAACGAUGUCUUCCUAACCACCAAUGGCUAGGGGCUCAGAGAGCACAGGAACCACUGCACCUUUAAGCAUUACUCAAUUGUUCUGUUUGACAGGAGCUUGUUUCACAAAGCAACUCUAAUGGAUGAAGCCAUCUACUCUUAAUGGGAAAUUGAUGCAGAUAUGCAGAGGAUACAAAUCAGGGUGUGGCUUAUGCUAAACCAUAAUAUGACAGUGCACUUAUUGUAAAAACCUGUAUGUGUUAAUUUUGUGCAGUUGUCUGGUGUAAUGAUAUUUCUGUUGCCAAUUUGUUAAUUAUUAGUUUUUUGUUUGCUCAUUCGGGGUAGACUUUCUAAAACAGAUAGUCAGGAGCUGAGGUUGGGUGUAGGGAAUGGGGUGGGGGGGGUUAGUCAGAGACCGAGUUUGGGUUACACCAAAAAUCAAUUAAGCAAAAAGCAUUGAAAUGCAAAAUCCUCAUUAGACUAUUACUAUUUGUAUGCCACGUUUUGUACCAGUACUGCUGUGCCUGUGCUGGUUAGUUAGCGUUGGGGACUGACUUGGGACACUGAUGACUCAUAGCCACAUCCCCUUCCCAAGUCAGGGAAAUUUGUGGAGGAAAAAUGGGAGCAAAAAGGACAAGUAAAAAUUCUGAAUUUUCACUGCAAUCAGUAAAUCCAAAUUACCUUUUAAAAAUGCUUUUCGCACUACAAAUAUCUCUUCCACAUAUUUCUAGGAUCUCAGAUCAUUUUGUUUAGAUCUUGUCAUUUUUGUUAAUCUCAAAGUUUCAGUAAAAGGUAUUUAUUUUCAUAAUACCAUGUUAAUUUAUCCAGUUCAGCAGAACCAAAACUUGUAUUUUGAGAACUUUAGGCAGAGGUAUGUGUGCUGUAAUACUCAACAUAGUUGUCAGUGCUGCAAUCUUUCACCAAAUGAUUUUUGUAACGUAGUCAAAUACUGAGAAUUAUCAUAACGCAGCCAGCAUGGCUCAUCGGCAGGACCUGGAAAGACAAACCAAUCACUGGGGGCAGGGAAUCAUCCCACUCAACUCCUGUUAAACUCUGCAAGCCAAAGUUUUAACAGAUUGUAGCUAGACAACCAGCAGGAGAGCUUGCCAGGCAGCAAUAUUAAUGGCAAGCUAUGCGUUUUUAGCUGAUUAGACUUCAGCAGUUACCUCAACACACCCUCCGGAGUCUCUCAGCCUUGGCUCUUACCAACAUGCCCCUAAUACUUUCCAGAAUUAGAUAAGCAGGAUGUGUCUCUCCAGGGAGAGAGUGCGCAUUUCUUCCCAACAAUCUAUCUCUGGAAUUUCAAUUCCCAUAUUACGUUCUGAGAGUAAUAUGUAAUAUUCUUUUUAUUGAUUUGUGUUUUGCCCACAAAAUAUAGUCAAUACACUUUACAUUCUGUGAAGCGCUAUGAGAUGUCCCAAUGAUGUGAUAAAGCGCUAUCAAAUGCAAGGAUUAUUAUCAUCAUUUUGUAUAGGUGGAAUUAAUGGAAUUCUUGGUUUGGAUACUCAUAAGCAUGGUGAUGGGUUUCCAUAGGUGUCAGACGCCCGGCUGACCAUAAAUAAAAUGUGCAGUGGUCCCACCGCCACACUGAAUAUGUGAAGCGUGAUCCCUCCCUCACACGCACACAUGUACGCACGCAAUAAAAAGCGACUUUGUACAGUUUACGCAAUGAGUAAUCAUCCUAUACUUUCUAUCUUCUUGGGAGUUCAUUACGAUUUUGUUUGUAAAUGUUUCUGUUAAUUGUGCUUGGGCUUCCUUUGGUUGCCUGUCAAUUCUGAGAAACCUUGUAAAUGUCUUUUUCUUGUGCCUUUAUUACCAGCAAAUCAGCCUGCCCAUGAAUUAGGAUUAUUGCACCUGGUUUUCCCACUGCAAUCAUUGUAAAUAGUUACUGUGUCCCUUAUUGCAAAUCCUUAUUUUUAAUACUGUGUAUAUAAGAAGACACUACAAAAUAUAAUAAAACCAUGAACUCUCUUUUUU